AUGGACAGCUCUUCGGAACCUGACUCCCCACCCCUGCCCCAAGUCCUGGAGCUCCAGCCGGACACCGAUCUCUUCUUCAGACCCCGGCCUCGAGACCGGGAGGGGCUCGAGGCCACACUGCAGCUGUGGAACCCGUCUGAGAGACCGGUCUACUUCAAGACCAUGACCUCGGCUCUGGGACGGUGCCAUGUGAGGCCCUCCAGGGGACUCCUCGUCCCUGGGGCCUCCACCACCAUCCUGGUGACGAUGCGGGGCCUUGAGGCAGAGCCCAGGACUCAGGAGUCUCUCAUGGUGCUGUCCAUGUUCUGCGCGGACCCCAGCCUGGACUUCUUCUCCGCGUGGAUCCAAGCAGGCCCCGAGGAGGUCAUGAGAUCGGUUCUCAAGUGUAAAUAUGAUCCAGGAGCAGAAGAGUCCAGGCUCCAGCCCCGAGCAGAAGAGUCCAGGCUCCAGCCCCGAGCAGAAGAGUCCAGGCUCCAGCCCCGAGCAGAAGAGUCCAGGCUCCAGCCCCCUGCAGAGACCCACUCUCCCCGCCUCCGCUCAUUCCUCGUCCUCCUCUUCAUCCUCGGCGUUGCCAUGGCGAUCGUCGCCGCGUACUUCACCGGGAACAUUACUUAUUACGAUUAA